AUGCUCAGGCUUAAGAUUUACUGUGCGUUGGCGCUGAUAGAGAUGCGCGUGGCGCUGGGGGUGACGGGCAUGCAGUGGUGGCGCACCAACGGGAAGGUCGUGUGCGGCGCGUGGAUAGGCGUCGAGUGCGACACCAAGGGGAACGUUGUCUCCGUCACGGCUUACAACGUGAUCACCGUACCGGGUCUGCUCCCGAACAGCUUCACCAAGCUUAAAACCCUCACCUACCUCGAUCUCUCCUCCAAUCGUCUCAACGCGUUGCUAGACCAAUUCGCGCGGCCUUUGCUGCACCUCCCCAGCCUCCGCGUUCUGAGUCUCAACAACAACAAGCUCUGGGGUUCUGUGCCCUCCUACCUUCUGCAGAAACCGAAGCUUCAGAAACUCCUCCUAUCACGCAACUUCCUCACAGGAACCCUCCCACCCAAGAAAUCCAAGACCCUCUCAACUCUCUCAAUCGCCCACAACUUUAUCCGUGGCCGUUUCCCCUUCACCAUGUCAUGCAACACCGUGGGUAACUGCCUCGAUAACCCUGGGGCGAGGUGUACUAGUUACCCUCAGCGCACGCCGUCCCGUUGCCUGGCCCAGUGUGGGGGUGCGGAGGUGGGCGCUUCGGCUGGUACUGCUGCUACCGCUGCUUCUGCUGCUGCUGCUGCUGCUGUCAGUACUGCUGCUGUCACUACUACUGCUGGUCCUGCAAGAAGCCCUGCUGCUCUGAUAGCUGCUGCUGCUGCUGCCGAUGCCGCUGCUGCUGCUGCUGCUCGUUCUACCCCCCGCACCGCUGCAUCCGCCUCUCCAACCGCUCUCAAACCCACCAACACCAACACCACCGCUGCCUCCUCCUCUUCCUUCUCGAACCCAUCGUCGGUCUACUCAGCAGCGCCCUUCCUCACCCCCUGUGGGGGCUACGGGCGGUGCCUGCCCAGUGUGGACGACACGCCUGGGGAUGUAUCCGCCUCGCUGCUCCCUGCUACUCAGUGGACGUGCAUGUGCGCUGCUGGGGCACGUCUCAAAGACACCGACGUGUGCGGUGAGUGGUCUAGCUGUAUGUGCAUGGGUGGGGUGCGGUGA